AUGGCCAGCGAAGCACCUGACAUCACCGAGAAGACCGCGGAGCCUGUGUCCAGCGGCUCUGUGCCUCCAAACUCUCAGCCUGCGCCUGACACGGAAGAAGUCAACCCCGUCGCCGUCGCACCCGAACGGCUUCCAACACGCAAAGACGUCCCUCUGCGCGAGCUUCUCAACAAGAUCGACGACUAUGCACCAAUUAUCCCCGACGCCGUCACGCACUACUACAUGACCAAAGCCGGUCUCCCACCGCCGCCCCAGACCGACCCUCGCCUCGCGCGCCUCCUCGCCCUCGCGACCCAGAAGUUCAUCGCCGACGUCGCGGCCGACGCGUACCAGUACUCGCGGAUCCGUGCUAGCAACACAAACGCCAACAACCCCAUGGGCUCGCUCGGCGCGGCCGCCGGCUUCCCCAUCCCAGGACAGCAGGGAGGUGUUGGGCAGGUGGCGGCCGGCGGCGCCAAGGACCAAGGGAAGGGCGCGACGGGCCCCGGCGGCGCGCCGCUGGGCAUCCAGAGGCCUGGGUAUGGUGGCGGUGGUCAGGGCGGGAGCCAGAACCGCACGGUCCUGACUAUGGAGGAUCUGGGCAUGGCGGUUGGGGAGUAUGGCGUCAAUGUUAAGCGGAGCGAGUUCUACCGCUAG